GAGAUUGAGCAAGACAGAAAUUUUGAGGAGAAAGUGGAAAGUCAGGGUAUGUGGUAAGAGUGUGACAUUUCGAACUACGUUAUCAACAGGUAUCAUGGAAACGCUUGAGGAGGCAAAAUCAGAAGGAGAUUUUAGCCUGACACAAUCUAGAUAUUUCUCUAGGAAAGGCCGUGCGGAAAUCUUACCAUCCGAAUCAGGAUGCAUUUCUGGUCUUCAUCCGCUUUCGCAGACUGAAACGGAAGUGAACAAUUCUAUCGCAUAUUUUGAAAAUCCGAACUCUCUCAACCUCUGCGUUUCCACGGAAGUGGAACCAUUUCAAUUUCAAAUGCCACAACGACCUCGAAUUGAGCAGAGAUCUGUGAAAGCAUCCUCGUGUAUUUCUUCAAUCCCUCGAGUUCUUCAAACCCCAGUUCGAGGAUCUGUUUCAACUGCUCAAUACAAAACUCCCAAAACCCCGGGAUCAACCGCUAACUCUUAUUCGCAAUACGGCAGAGGAGAUCAGGAUUCGACUUUCCAAUCAUGUUGCAUUGUGGCAGUUCUGGAGGGGCGGGGAGGGGCUCGCGGAGAAGUGGGUCUGGCUGUUAUUGCCUUGGAUAAUCCUACUUUGGUAUUGUGUCAAUUCUCUGAUUCAAGAACAUAUACACGUACCUUAACCAAAUUGGAACUUUUCCGACCUAUGGAAAUCCUGAUUCCACUUACUGGAAGUUUUGACCCAAAAGCAGUUUCCAAGUUAAAUCAAGAGAUUGCGGAAUGCUUUCCAAGGGCAAAAAUAACACCUCUCCAAAGACGAUAUUUCAGCGAGGUCAAUGGCCUGCAGAUGGUGAGGAACCUUUGUGUCCCUGAGUACGCCACAGUGGAGCUUCAAAUUAAGGACAAAUACUAUAGCUUAGCAGCGGCCUCGGCGUUGAUUAAGUUUGUUGAGCAUUCACAAAAUACCGUUUAUGCUCCCAAAUCGCUUAAAGUGGAGUUUCAAGCUUCAUCUAAUACAACGAUGAUUGACGCAGAAACGAUCAAACAUGUGGAGCUUCUCACACCAAUGAUCAAUUCCAAGUCAAAUCUUACGUUGUUUGGCAUCCUUCACCGUUGUUCAACACCAGGUGGAAUUCGACAUCUUAGAGCUAAUUUAUUCCAACCUCCGGCUUUGGUUGACGUGAUAAAUGCUAGAUUAGAUGCAAUUGAGGAGCUCAUCGCCAAUCCGGGCAUGUUUCAUUCGCUUCAAUCGGUGGUUAGCCGGUUUUGCGACAUGGACCAAUUACUCUCGCUGUGUGUUAUUGUACCCAAAACUGAAACUUUGGCAACGUUUGAACAAAGAUUGAACAAUGUCAUCGGCCUCAAGCAUGCUUUAGAACUUGUGGAGCCUCUACACUCUGUCUUGGAAGGAGCAGAAAGCAAACUCUUGAACGAUAUCUACAAUUCCCUUGAGGACUUACGUUUCCAAUAUAUCAUGGAAAGGGUUUGUGAAAUCAUCCAAGACGAUGCCAAAGUCCAACGUGGUUCCGCGGCUAUGAAGCUUCAGAGGUGUUUUGCAAUCCGAAAUGGUGUCAAUGGUUUAUUGGACGUGGCCCGGAGAACCUACUGUGAGAUUGUUGAUGAUAUCGAGGGUAUGGUGGUUCAAUUAGCUGAGGAAUUUGAAAUCCCUCUUAGGGUUGGAUUUAAUGCCUCAAAAGGCUACCACGUUCAACUUGCUACCGGAGGAAAGAAAGUCAAUCCUAUCCAACUCAAAAACCUCCCGAAGUCAUUCCUUAGACCUCAACAAACAAAAAACAUGAUAUCUUUCACAACCGAGGAAAUCAUUCAAGCUGAUCAAAGAAGCCAAGAAUCUCUUCGCGAGAUCACUUUUAUGAGCAACACUAUCAUUCAGGAGCUCUUAGGAGAGGUCAGAGAUGCCAUCGGCAGCUUGUACAAACUUGGAGAGGCAGUUUGCUCAUUGGAUCUUUUACUUGCUCUUACUGAGGUGUCCAUGAAGGACGAUUAUUCGAGGCCACAAUUUGGAAACUCGACCGUGAUCAAACAAGGCCGUCAUCCUAUUUUGGACAGCAUGGAGAGGAAAGAAGUCGUGGCCAAUGACACCACCGCCACGAUUGAGUCACGAUUUCAUGUUUUAACUGGAGCAAAUAUGAGUGGAAAAAGCACCUACCUGAAGCAAAUAAUUCUCCUGCAGAUCAUGGCACAGAUGGGCAGUUUUGUUCCAGCAAAUUUUGCUUCGUUCCGGAUUGCCGAUACGAUUAUGUCGCGUAUUGGAACGGGCGAUUCGAUAGAGAGUAACGCCUCGACCUUCAUGUUGGAAAUGAGGGAAAUGGCGUAUAUUCUAACGACGGUGGGUUCAACCUCUUUGAUUGUUAUGGAUGAGUUGGGCAGAGGAACUUCUACCGAAGAAGGGACCAGUCUCUGUUGGGCAAUUUCAGAGGAACUCGUAAAGUCUACAGCCUUUUGCUUUCUUGCCACUCAUUUUCCACUGAUGACAAAACUGGAGGCAAUGUAUUGUACUGCUGUGAGUCAUCACUUCCUUACCCAAGAUAGAAAAAACAAUUCUGGAGACACCAUUGGCUUGAUCUAUAGCUACAAAUUAGCCAAAGGAACGUCACAGGUCCAUAACUACGGAAUCAAUCUAGUCAAGGCUACUCGCACAUUUUCUGACGACGUCAUUCUGAGAGCUGAAGAAAUUGCCCAAGAAUUGUCCAUGUCCAAAAGAGUUCUUCCGGAACCUGGGCCAGAUGAGGUCAGGCGAAUGAACUCGGUGAAAUUAGUGUUAAGGCUAAUGCUUAUCGCUAAAAACGACUCGUUGGAUCUUGACAGCAAAAUAGCCCACGCAAAAAGCCUCCAGCAACAAUUCGAAGAAUCAGAGAGCGAAGGCGAGGAUUGUGAAUCGAAUCAUAUUUCUAACGAGUUUUAGGACUGAUUUAUUCAAAAACAUGAAGGAGAUCAAAAUUACUGUUAGUGUUUCGAAGCGUCAGGUUGGAAGGAAAUACAAAGAAAAACCGGAUAGUAUUCAAUAACGAGGUCAUAAAUGGUAUGGUUUUCGGAAUUAAUUGAUUGGGACGUGUUUGAGCCGAUUUAUCAUUUCUAAGGGAUUUCUCUCAUU